UUUUUUCUUUAACAAUCGUCAUUCCUUUAAUUCAACAAUAAAUUUAAAUGAAAUAAUAAAUAUAAUAGUAUGAACUAUUGGUUGAGAUAUCCGAUUUUAGUUUGUGACGUCAUGCGCAAAACAGUUCAUUCCUUAUCCCCUCCGUAUAUCUAUCCAGCUGUCCGUGGUUUGGCAGUCCGGUGAACGAAUUUCUCAGGGUGAUUAUCACGUAGGUUUUAUGCUGGUGGCCUUUUCCACGAACGACAGUGGAAAUUUAAGGUGUCAAAAUAUCAAUAUACGAUUGAGUGCCAAUCGGAAAGCUGUUAAGUAAAAUUAAUUUUGAACAACCUAUAACGAUAUUGUACGAUAGGGUGGCCUUCGGACUGACAAAAGGCAAAGACGUACGCAGUAGAAACAACUAGCGUUCUCGUGUAUGUAACGAGGUUGUUGAAGUAACCGUCGCGCGGAGCUGUGAUUUCUUCAAUCGGAGUGUAGCAUUAACGUAAGGUGUGGACGGUAUAGAAACGUUCUGGAAUUUCCUCGUAUCAACGAUUUGGGAGCGACGAGCCCAUUUGUGAGGGAUGUCUACCCCCGCAAGAAGGAGACUAAUGAGAGAUUUUAAGAGACUACAAGAAGAUCCACCCACUGGAGUAUCAGGAGCACCCACAGACAAUAAUAUUAUGAUAUGGAACGCUGUUAUAUUUGGGCCACAUGACACUCCAUUCGAAGAUGGUACCUUCAAACUUACAAUAGAAUUUACAGAAGAAUAUCCAAAUAAACCACCCACAGUCAGGUUUAUUAGUAAGAUGUUCCAUCCUAAUGUAUAUGCUGAUGGAGGCAUCUGUUUGGAUAUACUACAGAACCGCUGGAGUCCCACUUACGAUGUCUCUGCUAUUUUGACAUCCAUACAGUCCCUUUUGGAUGAACCAAAUCCAAACUCUCCAGCCAAUUCAUUAGCAGCACAAUUAUAUCAGGAAAAUAAGCGGGAAUAUGAGAAGAGAGUAGCUACUGUUGUUGAACAGUCCUGGUUGAACUUCCAAGAAAGUCACACAGAAGAUACCCGCUGACAUUAAGUAUAGUUAAUUCUAUAUUUUUAUGAAGUUUAUUUCGUAUCCUUUUUCCAUAUUGUUUUUAGGAAUUUAUGGCCUGAAAUGCUUUUUCCUGUAUUACAAAAACAAUACAUUAAAUCCUCCACUGUUCUACAGAACUGUUUUCUAUUUAUUUAACAUUGCUGUUUAAUUUUAUAAUUUGAAAAGAUUUCUUUUUAGUUUGAUACAUUUUUCGGAUAUGAAAAACUUGUAGAGCACUGGAGUGAUAUGGAAUCGUACUAAAAGCAUUAUGUGAUUUUUAUCCACGAACAUAGAUGAAAUGCGUAUGAUUUUGCUCACUAUAACUAGAUUUUAGGCGCUCAUACACAGCAAAAUUUGAAGGAUAUAAAUAUAUGCAUAUAAAUACUG